AUGGCGUCUGGAGUGUCGGACUCGCACCCUGGGGAGGCUGCCGGCACGGGACCCGCCCAGGAGCUUCUGGUCAACCUCAAGAUUGUGUCCCCGUCCGUCUGCGUGAACGGCCCGCUCCUUUUCCCCGACCUGCCGGCCGUGACGACAAUCAAGCAGCUCAAGGAUAGAAUUCGCCAAGCGCUCCCUCUGCGUCCGGCCGACGAGAACCAGCGCCUGAUCCACCGAGGCAGAGCCCUGUUGCGCGAGUCGGACAACUUGCUGGACGUCUUUGGCGCCAGCGCUCUCCAGACCGCCGAACGACAAACCAUCCACCUCGUUGUGAGGGAGAACACGGAUAGCCAUUCGUCGAGUCCGGCGCCUGGAACCGCGCGAGGUCCCAGCCCUGCGUCUACCGCUCAUGCUCCAGCUCCAAUGGUGCAGCAGCAUACCGCCCAGAUUUAUUUCGGUCCGCAGCCGCCUCCUGGUUUUGCAAGGAGGCCGCAUUCUCAGCCCGCUGCCUCUGGAGGCCACGGUGCCCGGACGCCUUCUCCCGCCUCGGCCCAGCAAACUCACGCCAACGUUGAUCCCGCGGCCGUUCUCCAGCAACACCACCAAAACAUGAACAUCUGGCUCAACCAGGUGCAACGAGACGCUGCUGCGACAAGGGCUAUAGUCCAGCAGCACCAGCUGGGAAGGGCGCACAUGGGCAUGCGGGGCAUCGGGGACUCGGCCGGGCCCCCAAACCAUGCUGGCGCCAACGCGGGCGGCGGUCUGGUCAGUCCGGCGCCAACUCAGACCAUCUAUCGUGAGACGGUUGGGCCAAAUGGGCAUAGCCAUCACAUCGAAACGGUCAUCCGAACCGGCACACCGGGACAACCACACGCGCUCUCCCUAAACGAUGUGCAAAACAUCUUGCGAGGCGCAGACGCAAUCCAGGCCACGGCUGCCAUCACCGAUACCAUGCAGAGAAGUGCCUCCGGGGCCUCUCUGCACGGCAGGCCACUGAACCACCCUGGCGUCACCACCCCUAUGCUUGGCCCUCGCGCGUCAAGACCUGGCAGCGGUCGUGCCACGCCGGAUUUGGGCGCAAGAUCCGGCUUGGGAGCGGACUACUCCCCCGUCGCCGCGGGCAUCGGGGGCAACCCGUCGUGCGCUUGGGAUGUCUACGUGGUCUCGUCGCCGGAAGGACCUCGCGGACUGGUCAUGCGAAGCCAUACUGCAGCCAUGUACUACACCCCCAGCCGGGGGUUUCAGAACAGCAUGCAUCCCUUUAGGACCGUGGCUGGCUACUCCGGCCUUGUCUAUCCUGCUGCACAGCACCAGACACCCCAGAGUAACUACUACCAGCAGCACCCACCGCAGCAACAGCAACAACAACAACAACACCAACAAGGGGCGCAACAACAGCACCACCCGGCCAAUGCGGAGGUCUUGAAUGGCCAGGCCCCCGCACCCGAGGCCGCACAGGGAGCCAUUCACCCAGCGAAUCCUCCAGCUGCCGGUGUGCCGCCGCUUUUGAUGCAGGCGUGGCCCCACGUAUGGUUGAUAUUCCGUUUAGCCGUGUUUGUCUGGCUUUUCACGUCUCCAAACUCGAGCUGGUCGAGGUGGUUUACGGUCAUAUGCCUUGCCAUUCUUGUGUUUCUCCUGAGUACAGGAAUCUUGAAUGGGGUUGCCGAGAAUGCUUGGCGCCCUAUCGGCAGACACUUGGAGAAUAUUCUUCCCACCCCCGAACAUCAUGCUCGUAGACGGCAACUACCAGCUGGUCACGCAGGCCCUCCCGAGCAGCAACCACUUGUUCAGGCAAGAGAAACGACCCCAGCACAGAUGGCGGCGAGGUUGACGACUGAGCGAACACGCCGGACUUGGUUUGCAACUCAGCUGCGUCGAGCAGAACGGGCCGGACUGCUAUUCCUUGCCAGCAUUGCUCCGGGAGUGGCGGAAAGACACAUUGCAAACUUGGAAGCAGAGACGCGGGCCGAAGAAGCAAGAAGGCGUCAAGAGGAGGAGGAGGAGGCGGCGGCGGCCACCGAGGCAGAAAACAAUGCUAGCCCAGGAGACGUGGCCCAAACAAACAAUGAGGCCGGUGCAGCAGAUGGCCGGACACAGGAAGGGACCGCACACGGCAACGAAAGACAAGAAGAGGCUCGUGGUGAUGUUGGCGCGCAUGUUGUAGGAGAAGACUUGAUUGCUCUGUAG